AUGUCUGUUGGAAAUCAGACAUCGGUGACCGAGUUUUUUAUUGUGGGUUUCCCUGGACUUCAGCAAAAUUACUAUCGUCUGAUUGCAUCUAUUUUUGUCUUGGUCUACAUGUGCACUUUAGUGGGAAAUGCAGCAUUUCUUCUUCUAUUUGUAACAGACCGGAGCCUCCAGAAACCCAUGUAUUUUAUCAUUUUAAACCUGGUUCUAUCUGAUGUGCUGUUCAGCACCACCACUUUACCAAAGAUCAUUGCCAGGUACUGGUUUAAGGCAGGAACCAUUUCAUUCACUGCUUGCUUUCUACUAAUGUUCUUUGUACAUUUUUUUGGAACGUUAAACUCAUAUGUAUUAUUAAUAAUGGCAUUAGAUAGAUAUGUGGCAAUUUGUUACCCUUUGAGAUACCCUACAAUAAUGACAAAUACCACUAUUUUAAUUACUAGCAUCACUUCAUGGGUGCUUUCAGUUGUAAGCCCAGUGAUGAUUGUAAUUAGGGCAUACCCCUUACCUUAUUGCUCCUCCAACAUAAUCAUUCAGUUUUACUGUGAUCACACUUCAAUCACAACACUGGCAUGUACUGACAGGACUCCUUAUGCUUUCCCAGCUUUUGUUUUUGAUAUGGUUGUGUUACUUGUACCACUUGCCUUUAUUGUAUUCUCUUACUGUGCCAUCAUUGUAGCAGUACUUCGAAUUGCCAAUAGUCAAGGUCGCCUUAAAACCCUUUCCACCUGUAGUCCCCAGCUAGUCGUAAUUGCCCUCUACUUCCUUCCACGGUGCUUUGUGUAUCUUGCGAGCAAUGUGGGAAUAACAUUCAGUACAGAUUUGCGCAUUGCCAUAAUCAUGUUAUACAGUCUGCUCCCCCCUAUGGUCAAUCCACUCGUUUACUGUUUAAGGACUAAAGAAGUGAAGGAGGUACUGAUCAAAAAUCUCCAGAGACAAAAAGGGAAUAUAGGAAACCGUUGCUUUUGGUUUGUCAUGCCGUACACCAAUGCAAGUACCAUAACCGAGUUUUUGUUGAUGGGGUUCCCUGGACUCCAAUCCUGGUACUAUGGGCCAGUGGCAGGACUUUUCCUUGUUGUCUAUCUGGCCAUUUUAUCAGGGAAUGGGUUCCUUUUAGUUUUUGUGGGCACUGAGAGAAGUCUUCAAAAACCUACAUACCUCAUAUUUUGUAAUCUGGCCAUUUCAGACAUUGCCUUUGCUACCACUACUUUGCCCAAAGCCAUUGCCCGAUAUUGGGUAGAAGACCAAAUCAUCUCUUUUAAUGGCUGUUUCCUUCAGAUGUUUAUGGUCCAUUUGUUGGGAUCAAUCAAUUCUUUUCUUCUCAUGAUAAUGGCUCUUGAUCGUUACAUAGCCAUAUGCAGUCCCCUUAGAUACCAGACACUGAUUAAAAACUCUUCAGUACUGAUCUUGUGUGGCCUCUCCUGGCUUAUACCAUCAAUCUGGAUGAUUAUUAUUGUUGUACAGGCCUACUUUCUUUCAUACUGCAACUCUAACAAAAUUUUCCAGUGUUACUGUGAUCAUAUUGGAAUAGUGGGACUAGCAUGUGAAAAUACUUGGAAGGUCCAAACUGUAGCAUAUGUUGCAGCCAUGACUCUAUUGUUAGGUCCACUCACAUUUAUAUUAUUUUCUUACAUUUCCAUUAUUAUCACUGUAAUGAAAAUAGCACAUUUGGAGGGUAGAUACAAAACCUUCUCUACUUGUAGUCCUCAGCUUUUUGUCAUAUGCCUCUAUUAUGUCCCCCGUUGUUUUAAUUAUCUGGCCAACCGCGUUGGCUUCAACUUCAGUGCAGAAGUACGGAUUGUUAUGAUCCUGCUUUACAGCCUCUUUCCUCCAGUGGUCAACCCUUUGAUAUAUUGCUUCAGAACUAAAGAAAUUAAGGAGUUAUUGAGCAAAAAGUUUAAAGCAAGAAGGACAGGGUUUUGA